AUGCCGGGCACCAACACCAGCGGCCCCCCGGGCUUCAUCCUGGUGGGCUUCUCCGACCGGCCCCAGCUAGAGCGCGUCCUCUUUGGGCUCAUCUCCCUCCUGUACAUCAUGACACUCCUGGGCAACGCGGCCAUCAUGCUGGUGUCGCGGCUGGACCCCCGGCUGCACACGCCCAUGUACUUCUUCCUCGCCCACUUGUCCCUGCUGGACCUCUGCUUCACCAGCAGCGUCGUGCCCCAGCUGCUGGUCAACCUGGGCGGCCCCGACAAGUCCAUCUCCUAUGGGGGCUGCGUGGUGCAGCUCUACGUGUCCCUGGCGCUGGGCUCCACCGAGUGCGUCCUGCUGGCCGUCAUGGCCUACGACCGCUACGUGGCCGUGUGCCGGCCCCUGCACUACACACUCAUCAUGCACCCCCGACUCUGCCGCCUGCUGGCGUCCACGGCCUGGCUCAGCGGCGUGGCCACCACCCUCGUGCAGUCCACGCUCACCCUGCAGCUGCCCUUCUGUGGCCACCGCCGUGUGGACCACUUCGUCUGCGAGGUGCCCGUGCUCAUCAAGCUGGCCUGCGUGGACACCACCUUCAACCAGGCCGAGCUCUUUGUGGCCAGCGUGCUCUUCCUGGUACUGCCCGUGUCCUUCAUCCUGGGCUCCUACGGCUGCAUCGCCCGGGCGGUGCUGAGGAUGCGGUCGGCCGCGGGCCGGCGGAAGGCAUUCAGCACUUGUUCCUCGCACCUCACAGUGGUCGUCAUCUUCUAUGGGACCAUCAUCUUCAUGUACCUACAGCCGGCCCAGAGCAGGUCCAAGGACCAGGGCAAGUUCGUGUCCCUGUUCUACACGGUGGUGACGCCCGUGCUCAACCCUCUCAUCUACACCCUGAGGAACAAGGAGGUGAAGGCCGGGCUCCGGAAGGUUCUGAGGAGGAUUCUGGGGUCGCGUUCUACCUGA